AAUAGGUAAGUAUGCUAUGGGAGGGUGUACUGGGGUGGGUAAGGCUGUUAAGGCCAAAAGUCUCCAGCACUUUGGGACGGUAAUGGGGUUGAUGACAGACAAAGGUGAGCAUGAUCAGUGUUGGACUUCAGCAUUUAUGUUCCAGGUAGGUAGGUAACAAAAUGUAAUGCCAAACUGAUGAAAAAUAAAUUUAUGGUGUUGAUGUAUGGUAACAUGUACAUGUACCGGUACAAUAGGCUUAACUGUAUCAUUUACAUAUGGCGGGAAAUUGAUCCAAUUAAAAAGUUGAGUUUUAUCACAUGGUAUUUAAAUUUUCAUCAUUACAUAAGGCAGUCAAAGGGACCAAUGAUUAUAGAAACAUAUAUGAUAUUUCAUUAUCAAGGUAAUUAGACAAUAAACCAAUAAGAGCAGUUUCAACCAUAACUAUGUAAAUUAUCAUACCCUGGAAAGGUAUAUAAGGAGUGGAAAUUUUGAAAUUAUCGCACACACACAACAUCAGCCAGUUGGUAGUUCUUGCAUGUUUCCCCCAUUGAGUAAAUAUGACGGCCCGUGAGGUGAGAGAGCUACAGACAAGUCUGUCCCAGUCUGAGGGGGCAACUUUCACAAGUGCAUUGCUGGCUGGUGGGGGUACUAGGCAAGACAACCUGCGUAGUGCUAUGGCUCGGGAGGAAAGAGAAAUGGAAGGUGGUGAGAAGACGAAGAAGAAGUCGAAGAAACACAAGAAAAGAACGAAGUCAAGCCAGGAGGCCAGUCAAGAAACAAGCCAGGAGCCGACUCGGAAGAAAUCAAGGAAGGAGAAAAAGAGAGACAAGACAAGUGAGGAGUCUGAGGAACAGUUGAGGGCGGAGGAACAGUUGAGGACGGAGCCUGCUCGGAAGAAAAAGACAAAGAAGGACAAGAAGAGAAAUGAAGACAAGAUAUCCCAUCCACCAGGCCCCUCCUGUGUCCCCCAAGAGCCAGCGAAGGAGAAGAGAGGAAAGAAAAAGGAGAAGAGUCGACACAUUGAUGACGAGGCUAUGGCGCCAGACCAAGCAGGUCCCUCCAGGCCCAUGUCACACACUGAACGAAGUCACUACAUGGCCAUCCAGAGAGAUGCGAGACCCAAGUAUCGGGCUUUGGCAGAGACCAGCUCAUCAGAGGACGAAGACGAGGAGUACCUUCCAGGUCAAUCCCUUGAUGAAGAUGAGGAAAGCGACCUAUUCAUUGAAGGGUUCUGGUCUGAGGGAGAAGAAGAGGAGGCCCAGGCAGACGAGGAAGAUGAAGAUGAUGAUGACCAGGUCAAAGAACAGCAGGCCCGUCCAGCAAAACGGCAAAGAAAAAAGAAGACCAACGCCACUCCAGCUGCAGAUAAUGAUCCCAGGGAGGCAGGGGCAGGUGCAGUGCUGGACGAAGACGUCCAUCAGUGGUCCAGCCAACUGAGGCGGGUUUUCACCCAUCCUUUUGCAGGCCCGACACCACCUGGGCCAACUUUUCCCAAGCAAGCUGGGAUGCGGGCAGUAGAUUACUUCUUGAAGUUCUUUUCGCUGGCCCUGUUUUCUUUCAUCGCCGAAAUGACCAACAUCAACCUACAACUGGCCAAUAUAGAACAUCGAACUUCAACUGCCGAGAUCCGGGCCUGGUUCGGGAUCCACAUGAUCAUGGGCCUGACAAGAAUCGCCAAUGCCAAGGACUACUGGUCUACCAGGCCUGGAUUUCGGAACGAUCUUAUUGCCAAGACAAUGACAAGAGCGAGAUUCAACGUUCUGGCAAGUCAUCUUGCUUGCUCCGACCCAGGGGCAGACCCUAAAAAAAUGCCAUCCACCACCACCGAGGAAAAGCAGGCCAAAUUCAACUACAUACGCAGCCACCAGAAGUUCUACUUCAAGACCCUUUGGGACAACAUCCUCGCCAACUGCCGCACCAAAUAUAAUUGCCGCAAACAUCUUGCAAUUGACGAGGCGAUGAUCCCCUACAGAGGCUUUCGUGCAUGGUGCCAGAAAGUUUUUAUGCCAUGCAAACCGAUUCGAGCAGGUUUCAAAGUCUACGCCAUGGCCGAAAGUUCCACCGGUUACAUAUGCGACUUUGUCAUCCAUACCCACAGCAAGACCCCAAAGAAAAUGGUGGACAUUGCAAUGUCAGUGGCUGCUUCUCACCUGGACCGCUUCCAUCAUAUAUUCACGGACAAGCUAUAUACGUCGAGGGACCUGGCCAACCAGCUCCUACAGCGAGGGACCUACCUCACUGGGGCGAUCAAGAUGAAUUCGGCGAGACUUCCUCUAGACCUGUCUGCCAAUCCCAAGAAGAAUAGCACCAACCUGGCCGCCGUUCAGAACAUCCGAAAGACACCUAGGGGGACUUUCUACGCAAGACAGAGUGGACAGCUGACUUACACCUUGUGGAACGACUCUUCCCUGCUGUCCACUCUGUCCUCUGCUCACUCUGCUUUCAGGGACCCAGCCCGAGACUUUGUGGAACGCCGCUACACCAUCGAAGGUGCCCAGGCACGGCAGGCCCACCGGGUUCCAGCUCCACCAGCAGUCAUCGAUUACUGUCAGCACAUGGGCGGCGUAGAUCGGGCUGACCAGCUACGUAGCUACCAUGCUAUCAACAGGAAAUCCCAAGACUGGUGGAAGCAGGUCGUGUAUUUCCUAGUGGACAUCUGCCGCGUCAAUGGAUGGUUGUGCUAUAAGCAGCAUCUGCAGCAACACCUCUCUGAUGGAUCAGAAGACGACACAUCCUAUGAUGAAUCUGGUCCAUUGAACCACUGCCACUUCACCAUGGAUGUUGCCGAGCAGCUCAUCCAAGGCUACGCACAUGGAUCCAAGACCAAACGGCAGCCAAAGACACCCCGAGUGCCACUUCACAACUUUGGGGGGCUUCACAGCCUUGUCUACAUGGGUGCCAAAUUUCCCAAAGGAUGUAAGCAGUGUGCCCGGGACAAGAAGAAGACACCCUCCGGCUUCCCAGUGAAGACGCACUUUGGCUGUGCUGCCUGCGGCGUCCAUCUCUGCACAAGCUACUGCUUUCCAAGAUACCAUGCCAUUUCCGGGAUUCCAGUCGCAGAGGACCCCGACACCGACAACUAAGAACAACAGGAUCGAGGACACCCUCCCCAACCUCCACUAACCUCCAGAAAAAAAAAUACAAAAAAUCUCAAAAAAAAAAAAAAAAAAAAAAACACCAAAAAAAAACAACAAGCCAUUUGAUUCAAGGGACUCGGGUUAAGUCAAGAAGGCUCAGGUUAUUUUUGUCCAUGAAUUAGAAGGCUAAGAUAAAAAUUGUAUCAUCUCUGAAAACCAGCAGUUCAUGUUGUGUUUCCGCCUUAGAUGAAUACAGACAGUUUACCUCCAAUCCAAGCCAUUUGAUUCAAGGGACUUGGGUUAAGUCAAGAAGGCUCAGGUUAUUUUUGUCCAUGAAUUAGAAGGCUAAGAUAAAAAUUGUAUCAUCUCUGAAAACCAGCAGUUCAUGUUGUGUUUCCGCCUUAGAUGAAUACAGACAGUUUCCCUCCACACACUGCCAGUACAUACUACUA